GUCUCCCUGUUACUUGACGCUUGUGUUUUCGUUGUCAAAAACAUGGAUGUAAGUCGGAAAAUAGACCCUCCAAUUUACUUUUCCACGACGAUGUGCAACAGCAGCGGCUUUGAACACUAAACGGAGACUUCGCCUUGUUGUCUGGAGCCUCGGCGAGUUACAAACCCAGGCGGCUGGUUCGUCCCAUGUGAAGAAAGGCUGAAUCCCCGUUUUCCAGCCGAGGAAGUGCCCCUCUCCUCCGCCUUUUGUCUCGCGCGGAUGUGUUGUUGUUUUUAAACUUGUCAGCAUGGACAUGUACGGCUACAACGGGAUUUUUCUGGUCAAAAGACUAUUAAAAAAUGCAGCGUUUGAAGUCACAAAUAUGUCUGAUAUUAACAAGGCGAAUCCCCACGGCUGCGAUAACGGAGCUCUGACGGACCGGUUCGGCGUCUUGAUCCAGGGGCUGCUGGCUAUCGUCGCCUUCAGCACGCUCAUGUUGAAAAGAUUCCGGGAGCCUGUAGGGAUCAGACGGCCCUGGAGGAUCUGGUUUUUCGACACGUCCAAGCAAGCCAUCGGUGCUCUUUUCAUCCACUUCGCCAACGUCUUCCUGUCCACGCUCACCAAAGAGGACCCAUGCUCACUGUAUCUGAUGAACUUCCUGCUGGACGCCACGCUGGGCAUGCUGGUCAUCUGGCUCGGUGUGAAGGUGGUGUCCAAGCUGGUGGAGUACAAGCAGUGGACACUGCUCACCUUUGGAGAAUAUGGUGACCCGCCCCAGGCAGCGGCAUGGCUGGGCCAGUGUGGCAUCUACCUGCUCAUCAUGGUGCUGGAGAAGGGUGUGAUCAGCCUGGUGCUGCUCAUCCCCGGCUGGUCCAGUUUGCAGGAGGUGUUACUGAGCUACAUCGCGAACCCUCAGCUGGAGCUGGUGCUGGUCAUGCUCAUUGUGCCCUUCAUAGUCAAUUCCAUCAUGUUCUGGGUGGUGGACAGCCUGAUGAUGAGGAAGUACAAGACAAUGAAGAGCCUGGACGACUCCUGCGACAGCGCCGUCAAGAAGGCCGACUCGCUGCCCUGGGACACUAACGACGAGUCCCGGGUCCUGCUGACCAUCGAGACGGACACAGAGGAGGCCUCAGAAGGAGAAGAGGAGCCAGACGCUAUAGAGCCAGUCCCCCAUGUGCAGUACUCGGGAGGACCCUUGAAGCCUAGCUGGGUGGUGGUGUGAGCCCAGGUGAUGUGACUCCCUUCCUGUCCGUCCACAAUAUAUGCACUCAUACAGUACAUGCUGCGUACUAGCAUGUGCCACAUCCUGUUAGGCAGCGCUGGCAGGAGCAACAACCCUCAGCUCCCAGCAAACACUACGAGUAAACCCCAAAAGCUAAAUGCUGAUGAAUGCCUUGUCUCUCUUCACAUUACAUGCCUAAAUACCAGCUUUACUUGCAAGGGAAGACAAAAUUAAUAUUUCACCUCUGAAUGUCUUAAUAAUCCAACUCUGCAACCUAGGAUGCCUCCUCUUCCACUGAAGGCGUGAAUCAUGUAUCUGCCUUGCUGAUAGAUGAAAAGAAUGAGAUGAAUGUUAAUCAAAUAGCUUUCAGGAAUUAGAAGCUCUUUACCUUCUCACAUUGCUGCCUCUGUUUACUCUAAGUAAACAUCAGCUGAAAGUAUUUUAGUGUGUGAAGAGUGAUUAUCAGGGAGCACAGGCACCCGCAGGGUGAAACUCAAGGGUGAUAAUGAAGAAAAGACAGAAAUAAAUCUUCGUCUUCUUUCCAUGCUGGGGAUUUUUGGGAAGGGUGUUGCUCUCCAAAGUGUCAUUAAUCAUGUAUCAUAUUCCAAAGAGCAGGGGGAGAGUUAUACACAUAUAUACGCUCUCUAAUGUUUUACUUGAUCAAACGUAAUCAGUUGGAAUCCACCUUUUUAAAUAAGGUAUAAUUACAGUCAUUCCUGCACGCUCUCCCUCUGGCUGCUCGCUGAAAUUGCAAGGAUCGUUAAUAUACUUCUUCAACGUGUCUAAUUUGGAAAAACCACUGAUCUGAUGUCGGCCGUGUUGUUUUCGGCUGCGGUUAUGAUGGACCAAGCAUGAUGAGAGCUACGGUUAUGCUGCAACUCUAUGAAAAAGUUUUAGUCCUCUUCUAGAGGAUGUUUUAGAAGACAUGUCUUGUGCAUAGAAAACUGUUUGUUGUUAUGGUAAAGAAGGACCAGGUCAUUACUUAUUGCUAAUUGUGCAGUGAUUUGCAUAUUGGUAAUACUUUAAGUGGGAUGCUAACUGUGUAUUCUUGUUAGCAAGAUAUGGUACAUUGUUCUUAUUUAUUCUGUUUAUAUUUUAUGUAUAUUCAACUUGAUGUAUUGUGGUCUAAUCUGUGGUAACAGCAUUGUGAUGGGAUUUUUUUUACUGAAUAAAGAGAAUGGGAGAUUUUUUAAAUUUUUUUUCAUUAAUGCCAAACUAUAGGUGAGAAACAGCCACUGAAUUCAGUAUGAACCAUUGUAGGCCAAUUAUAUACUGAAUUUGUUUCCAGCAGUUUCUUAAAUAUAUCCGUGUGAUAAGUUUGAACUUUAUUCAUUAGUAUCUGCAAUUAAUCAUCCAUAACAUUUCCAAUCAGUUGUUUACAUUUAUGGUGUUACAGACAAAAAGUCUUUUUGUUUUGCAUACGGCCACAACAUUUUAUUUUGUAUUCCAGUGUAUAAUUUUUUAAACAAUCCAAAUUAUGGACUGUGGAUGAGGCGGCUGAGCGCAUCCUGAGUGACGGCAACUAAAAAAGACUGUAAUGUGCUAUGGUGCUUCUUAACGAAUGUAUCUCUUUACUUUGUACUAUGAAUAAAGAUCAAUGACAUAUGAA